AUGAAAAAUUCAAUUCCAUCCGACGUGUGGGAGAAGAAGAGAGCCUUGAUCGCCAAGUUGUACAAGGAUGAAGAAUGGCCCCUCAAACAAGUGAUCAAGCAAAUUCGCUCGGCGGACUUCAACCCCAGUGAAACUCAGUUGCGCAGCAGAUUGAAGAAGUGGCGCGUUACCAAGCCAUCCCGCCAGACCAGAAAGAAGUCCCAUGAUAGCCAGCAGGAUGCCGCCGGUGACGAGAGUGGCCAAGAGGAUGCCUCUCCCAAGGCACGCCGCUCGACUGGUUCCCCAUCUACCCAACUGCCUUCGUCCACACAGCCGGCUGCAGAGGGCCUCUCUGCCACAGAGCCCGAGUGGUUCAUGAACAGCACAUAUGCCCACCCCACAACUGCCGCAUCUCUCGAUGAGCCCAGUGUCUCUGGCGCUUGGGUGCCUCCGGUUAUCCAUCAACAGUCGCUGAGCCCAUCGGGACACCACCGUCACCUUUCCAACAGUCCUCCGGUAGUGCAUCAAUUUCCAAAUGGCAUCCAUGAUCCCUCGCAUGUGUCUUCCCCAGUCGAUGGUGUCUUGAUCAGCCCAGCAUCUACAAUGGCGCCUUCCUAUGCCAGUCCCCCAUACUCUGUUGCUCCCGACUCCUGCCUUCAGUCCUCCACGCCUACCACCACAGCCGCACCCCCAGCUCCGUGGUCUGUUUCUCAAUGGUACUCGAUGCCUUUGGAGGCCGUGACUCAGUCCCACUCGGUACCUUUCUACACCACAGCACCCUUGAGCCCGCCGUCCCCGCAUUUUACCGGCAUGAUCCCGCAAAGCAUGCCCGACUAUCUUGAGGAUUCGAAACCAUGGAGGCGCACCAUGUCCGUCAACUACAGCCCGGAGGCCGCUGGCGGCCACCCUGGAGUGGACCGACAGAGUAAACACAUUGAAAGAAAGACCUCGUUACCUGCCAAGGUCCCGACACUGGCUUCGCAGCCACACUACUUGCACGGGCAACAUCCAGUGAUGUGUGCCCCAAUCUACCCCUACCCUGGACAAGAGUCUCUUGUUCAUAAACCCUCUGGCAUCGGAUUUUAG